AUGACUAAUAGUGUUCGAAUCAAGGACUAUUUUGAUAAUGAUUACAACGGGUUAUGGUCAUGGUACUUAUAUAAUUUAAGAAAAGGCGAAUUUGAGGAAUUGACUAGGAAUAAAUUGAAAUCCAGUUUGUUAAAACGGUUCCUUAGGGAACAACUAUGCGAGGUAACACCUUUAAACAAGAAGUUACUUCUAGUAUCUAUCCCAGAUGAUAUUCAUGAGGAUAUAAAGGUACUUGAGGAGUUUUUGAGUGAAUAUUUCCACUUGAAGGACAAUCACACUAACAUUGUCAUCAAUAAAAUAACAAGGGACACGAUCUAUAAUCAUGAAAACCAUUACCUUAUUCAAGAUGAAUUAGCCAAUUUCAACGAUGAAUGGUUUUUGAACAUGAAGAGGGAUGUUAUUGUCGGCAAUACUAGCGAAGAGCCGGAUUCUCCGGAAAGCUGCGGGCAGCCUAUAAAAGAAUGUAGCUCGAAUCAAGAUAGUGACGCUAGUGAAAGAUACAGCGUAGUGACAGGGGAGACUUUUGAGACUGAAUCACACUCCAUCAUACUUAAUUUUAAACAUCGUCAAGUUGAGAAUAAACCUACAAACCCAACAUUUAAACAAAUCACUAGAAUAACUCCCGAAAACAACCUUGGGUCUCCAACCGAGUCACAAGUUUCAAUAAUGACCCAUGGGGAAGAUCUGGAAUCAUACCGGGGCGAAGCAUUGGUUCAUACAAUAACACGUACAGCAGAAGAAGUUGCGGAAGAAGCAACAAGUAAUGAUGAUUAUGAUGAAGAUUCUGUCGAUGAUAUGAAAAGCAAUAAUGUUUCAAUUCCUCCCAGUAUCUCUAUAUCAGAUAAUUUUGGGACAUUCAGGUUGGUUUUACAAUCAAUUUUAAUAGCUAGUAAUGAAACAGAUCAGGUUUUUACUGGUAUUAGACAGAGUGAAAAUGAUAGAAGUAAUGCUGAUAUCAAUGACGAUUGGUUAUUAUAUGAUUCUGAAUUUAAUUUAGAUAACUUACAGAUGUUAUCAUUACAAGAUAUUUUCGAGUUUAGUCGCUUAUCACCAAAGAUCCUCUUUUACUCGAUGAUCCACGUUAAAGAAAAUAUUAAUACCGAAUGCAGCAUGUCUCCCGAUCAACGAAUUACGAUGCAAAACACGAUAUCUAAUGGAUUUUUAAGGACUUCUACGGCAGGCAAUAAUAGCUCGAUGGGGACAGGUAAUUCUUACAGCGAGCUGAGCUCUGAGAAUUCCAUCCAGGAGUAUACUGUUGAUGAUGAUAAUGACUCAAUGGCCGAAGACCCUGCAAUAUGCCUCUAUUCACCACAAACUGCGGCAACUGCUGGUCACAGAUCAAUUGGAACUACGGAAAGUGUGGGUGCUUGGGCCUUAAACAGAUCAAAUACGAAAAGGAGCAUGGAAUAUAUUGAUAAUAGUGUGUCGAGAGACUCCAGAGGAAAUUUUGUUAACAGGAUAAAAUCUCAACCAAUGCCAGUGUUAUUAAAGUCAUUGAGUACUAAUGUUGACAGCGAAACAGCUAAAAUCAAAAAGAGUUUAGCAAAAUCUAAAGCAAGGUAUAGAAAAAAGUCGAGCCCAAAUAAUUGUAUUAUAAUGUAA